AUGCCCUCUCCAACACCUAAACCGAAAUUGCAUAUCCCCCUAGCUGAAAAAUCCUCUCCAUUCUUCUCCAAACCCUAUAACCCCUCACAAUUAUCGCCCAUCCCAGAUAACUCGCCAGAAACCAAAUCGAACUUACAUUCUGACUCGCCACAGGAUAGUUCCGAAGGUGGAGAUGCAGAUUGUCAAACACCCCUUUUACCUCCUAGUCCAGGUAAUUUAGAGAAUGGUGGUAUGGGUAGUUAUCCAUUCCCAUCUUAUCAGUAUGGUGGAUUGACAAGGUUGAAGAUCGCUUUGAGAAAAGGUUUACCAAGUAGUUUGAUAAGAAGGGUGCUACUAUUGAUAUUGGUUGUGGGAUUGAUGGUUUUGGGUCUACAUCAUUCAGAUGUUAGGCAAAUGGCCCUCUCUUCUUCUUAUUCCUCUUCGCGAAUACCCAACUCUGACGAUCUGUCGACAAACGACGAUCUAUCCAAACCUUACAAACCUAAAAGACCCUUUAAAUACCCAUUCAAGCUAUCCACUCCGUCCGGAGUCAAACACAAGUCCAUAUAUUCCAAUGCUGCCUCCGAAGGUAAGAGGGAGAUCGAUAUAGCUUCGGACCCUCUACCACUCACUGCGAGUCUAAGACAAAGACUGGAUGCAUGGAGAGACGCUCCAGGUGGAAGAGGUGAGGUGGAAGGUGAAGUAGAACAUGGUGGUUUCGUUCAAUGGAAUUUGGAACAAUGCGAUACGAUCGAUCAACAACACAACACUCACAUGAUCCAGCAUUCCGCCAAUAUCUGGGCAUCGGUCAACCGAACUUCCCUCCAUGACUAUAGGAUGAAUUUGAUAAAUCACAUGGAGGGAGUGUUGGAAUCGGGUGAACAUGAGAAUUACGGAGAAGGUAGAGGUAUAGUAAUGGUUGCUGGAAAUGCCGAUACUUUACAAAGAGUUAAAUGGAGUUUGGGUAUGUUGAGGAGUUAUGGUAGUGAAUUACCUGUACAGAUUUACCAUUUCCCAAGUGAACGACCUAACGACGAUGAUCCUAUCCGAGACGAAUUGAAAGAAUUGGGUGCAGAACUGGUAGAAGCGCUGGGACAGACCAGAGAUGCGAAAAAGAACAAAUCAUAUCAUCUCAAAGCUCUCGCAGUGGUACAGAGUCCUUUCAGAGAAGUCUUGUACCUUGACUCCGAUUCGAUACCCACACGUGAUCCGGCGUACAUGUUCGAUGCGCCCAAUUACCAGCGAUUGGGUAUAUGGGCGACCCCAGAUUAUUGGAAGACUUCCGCGAAUAAUCCCAUCUGGUCAAUUAUCGGUGUGAAAUGCAGGAAUGAAUGGGAAAUGGAAACUGGUCAGAUGUUUGUCGAUAAGAAAUUACAUCUGGACGUUUUCUUAUUGAUCAAGUAUAUGUUGGAGAAUCAUGAGUUUUGGUUCUACUUCUCUGACGGUGACAAAGAUAUAUUCCGUUGGGCUCUCUUGGCAUUGAGAAAGCGAUGGGCCGUCCCCGGUCGAUGGGUCGGAGCAGCCGCUCUGCCAUCCGGUACAGCGUCAGGCGACUUCUGCUCUCAUACGAUGCUUCAACAUGAUUCAUGGGGUGAACCUCUCUUCGUACAUUACAAUCUCCUCAAGCAGAUCCCUUCAGGUGUAGGUCGAGGAUUCUCAUGGGGUAGGACUAAACAAUUACCGUUAUUCAACACUUGGCCUGCCACACCCUCCACAGCGAGGUUGGACGAGCCUUCGCGCAAACCCGCCGACGACAAUAAACCCGGAUUGGGCGAUGUCGAUUGUGAUAUGCUUGCGGAUGCUCAGGAAGAUGGAUCUGCAAGAGCACCCGCAAAGGAGAUGAUCAUGCGCCGAGCGGCCAGAGAGAGAGGUGUUAAAGUCAAAUAUCAUGGUGGAUGGAUAUCUGCUUUGUGUAUCGACCUGGAAUAUAUCGAUCCAAGACCUGAGGAACGUAAAGAAGCAGAUGCCGAAAGAAAAGCGAUCUUAGAAGCACAAAACCCGUCGUCGGAAGAUACACCUAAAUCGGAAGGGUCGGAGGAAGAAGAGUUUGUCGGGACAAUUUACCCAGAUUGGGAGCAGAGUCCUAUAGAAGUUGUCCAAUGGAAGGAUGAUGUCAAUCUAGUGGAUUUCGAGAGGAAGAUAUAUGAUCUCGGGUUUAAACCUAGCGGACCUGGGUUUUAA